CAAACACCCAUUGCACUAGUCUCUCUCUAUAAGCUUAACCAAAACCAUGAAUCUUUCUUCUCCUUCAUCGUUGUCCUCGCUUUCCGGGAGAGGCCAUAUAUAUAGAUAGGCCUGAUUAGGGUUUUCCUUUCAUCCUCCCCCUGUUAUGGCGGUAGAGAAUCGUAAGGAUCGAGGCGUUUCGUCUGAAGUCGCGAUUCCUUCCGGUUUGAACCGGAUCAAGACUCGGUUAGCUCCAUCAUGUCCCAGAACCGAUGAAUCCGCCGGUACCGUUCCAAAGCCUCCUCCUUUUAAUAACCGUAAGCCCAAAAAUUUUGCUCCUCUUGAACAUGGCAAACCCAAGCAAGAUCAUAAAGGAAAGAAGUUGUCAAGGUGGCUUGCUUCUUAUAAACCCAAGUAUUCUGUGAACCUUCACAAAGAUUAUGGUUGCUCAGGUGGUAGUGAGGAUGUCAAGUCUAAAGUCAACAACUCUCACAAAGACGAGGAAAGGAUGGUCAAGCAUUCUGAAAUUACCCUUUCUUCUCGCAAGGUGCAAAUAGGUAUAAAGAGCUUUUCACAUGAGUUAGGGCCACGUGGUGGUGUUCAAACUUCUCACCCUCGUCCACACAGUUACAAUGAUCUCAAGGAACUUUUGGGCUCACUUCACUCGAGAUUUGAUGUUGCAAAGGAGAUUGUGGAUAAGAAGCUGGAUUCCUUUGUCAUAGAUGUGGAAGAGGCUAUGGAGAAAAUGGAUCCAUCAUGCCCUGAAGAUCGGGAAUUGGCAGAGGAAUUACUUAAGCUGGCUCAAACCUGUAUAGAGAUGACAUAUGCUCAACUUCGUGCUACUUGUGAAUCUAUUGUCCAAGACUUGACUAAGAAGAUGAAAGAGUUUCAAGCAGGACUUGUGAAGUGGUUUGUCUCUCAGUUGCUUUUUAUAUUGACUCAUUGUACAAGAGUUGUGAUGUUUCAGAAGGAGACUGAGCCGAUCGAUGAGAAUUCCUUCCGGAAAUUUAAGGAAUGUUUGGAAAGUAUCCCUGCUCUGGAAACAAAUUGGGUUUCCACUUCCAGAGCUGAUGAUUCUGGUUCUGGUUACCCUAUAUACCAAAGGAAUGAAGCUGGGAAAAAGUUCAAGAAACAGGACAAAGAAUCUUUGGAGUCAGAGGCUAGAGAAGGCUAUGGAGCUUCUAAACAGGGAUUUCAAAUCCAGACACCUCAUAAACUGGUGGAACAAAGAUCUUAUUUAAGCAAUGAGUAUCAAGAUAAGAUGUCAAAUGAGUCUGGAAAAGAGUUAGGUGGAUGGGAUUUUGUAAUCUGCAGAAUAUGCGAGGAAGAAGUUACUCUCUCCCAUCUGGAACCACACUCUUACAUAUGUGCAUACACAGAUAAAUGUGAAAUAAAUUGUUUGGAUGUUGAUGAGCGCCUUUUGAAACUUGAAGAGAUACUGGAACAGAUCAUUGAUUCACGAAGUUUAAAUUCUUUUCCUCACGCUAGUGGACAGGAAAAUUCGGUCCUGCAGAAAUCUGGAAUUGCAUCUGAAGGUUGUUCUCCGAAGAUAAAUGAAUGGCAGAACAAAGGUGUAGAGGGAAUGUUUGAGGAUCUGCAUGAUAUGGACACUUCCUUCAUAGACGAGAUUAACACAUUUCCUAUUAACUUGAAGAGCCAUGUAGGCGCUAAAUUUGCCAUCAUGGCACUUCAUCAUCAACUGGUAGCAUCACUUCGGUAUCUUCAACAAAUACCCCCAGAACAAGUCACUUUGACUCUUAUUGGCUAG